GUGGAAGCAGAACAGCCAUAUAGGUUGCAACUUGCAACCAACACUUACCUUCGCUGACUCUAUUCUCUAGUAUCAGAAUGUCGCACAUUGCUUUAACUGCAUCAGCCACCGCCACCGUCGUGGCGUCUCACCGCCGCGCGAAGCAAUGGAGCACGCUAUUUCCGAGUUGUUGGAGAAGCAGGGGAACCAAUUCAUCCUUGGUCGCAAAUUCUCCUCGGAAACGGUUGCAAUUGCGGUUUCUUGCUUCGGGGGAAAAUGGCGGCAAUGGAGGUGUUGGGGCCGAGAUAUCUGAAACCGAAAAAGCACCCGCGAAUUUCGUGUGGUCUGAUAACAAGAAGCCUAGGGUUUGCAUAUUAGGCGGUGGAUUUGGUGGUUUAUAUACUGCUUUAAGGUUGGAGUCACUCGAGUGGCCUGACGAUAAGAAACCACAGAUUGCUCUUGUCGACCAGUCUGAACGUUUUGUUUUCAAGCCAAUGUUGUAUGAGCUUCUCACUGGAGAAGUGGAUGAAUGGGAAAUAGCUCCCCGUUUCUCAGAUUUGCUGGCAAACACUAGUGUACAGUUUUUCAAAGACAGAGUAAAGUUCUUGCAUCCCUCUGAUCAUUGGGGAAUGAAUGGAUCCAAAGCAUCUAGUUGUGGAGGCACUGUUCAUCUUGAAAGUGGCCUUCUUAUUGAAUAUGACUGGCUGGUUCUUGCAUUGGGAGCUGAAGCUAAACUGGAUGUUGUACCAGGGGCGGCUGAAUUUGCAAUUCCUUUCUCAACACUAGAGGAUGCACUUAAAGUUAACAAUAAGUUAACAACAUUAGAGAGAAAGACCUUUGGUAAGGACUUCCAGAUUAGUGUUGCUGUUGUUGGGUGUGGGUACUCCGGAGUUGAGUUAGCUGCAACUGUAGCAGAGCGAUUACAGAAUAGAGGGAUUGUGAGAGCAAUUAAUGUUGCAACAACAAUUUGCCCAAAUGCCCCACCUGGCAAUAGGGAAGCUGCACUAAAAGUUCUUUCAUCCAGGAAGGUCGAACUUUUAUUGGGCUAUUUUGUCCGCUGUAUUCGGAGGGUCAGUGAAUUGGAGUCUUCAGAUACCCUGACAGGGGUAGAUGAAAAUUGCCUUGUAGUACAUGAUUUUGAGAAAUAUAUAUUGGAGCUGCAACCUGCUGAAAGGGAAGUGCAAAGUAAAAUCAUUGAAGCAGAUCUGGUACUGUGGACUGUUGGAUCCAAACCUCCUCUUCCUCAGCUGGAACCUUCUGAUGCACCAUUUGUAAUUCCACUUAAUGCCCGGGGACAAGCUGAAACAGAUGAAACUCUUCGUGUUAAGGGUCACCCACGGAUAUUUGCUCUUGGUGACUCUUCUGCAUUAAGGGAUUCAAAUGGAAGGAUCCUUCCAGCCACUGCACAGGUUGCUUUUCAGCAAGCUGACUUUACUGGUUGGAAUCUGUGGGCUGCAAUCAAUGGGCGUCCGCUUUUGCCAUUUAGGUUUCAGAAUCUAGGUGAGAUGAUGACCCUGGGAAGAAAUGAUGCUGCCAUUUCUCCGAGUUUUGUUGAGGGGCUAACCUUAGAAGGUCCUAUUGGUCAUACUGCGAGGAAGAUAGCUUAUUUGAUCAGGUUACCGACAGAUGAACAUAGGCUUAAAGUGGGGAUCAGCUGGCUUACAAAAUCUGCUAUUGAUUCAGUGUCAUCGCUACAAAGUACCUUAUCCAGAGUCCUUUCGGGAUCAUAGCUCAUUCAGAUUCAUGCAUAAAGCAUCAUGGCUAACAUUUUUCUGUAGAGAGAGACUACGGAGUUUAUCAGCCAUGGCUUUGUUCCUGAAUCACGGAGGAUAUAAGAUGGGUAUCAUGAUUCAACUCUAAAAUACAAGAUCCAGUGCAUCGAUUAUUAAUCAAAAAAUUGGAAAUAUUUGUGUUGUUCAAUUUCAAUCCGCACCCAUGGUUAUCAGUAUUUAUUAUGGAUUUUGCUAAUAUUGUGGCAUUGGGCUUUUCUAGAAACAGAUAUCUGAGAAUAUGGAGCCCCAUCAUCAUCUCUCAAACUAUUAAUGAAUGCAUGUUUAUUAGUUUCCUUAUAAUAGUCAUA